AUGACAGACUCGAGGGACGAGGCGUCCGGCUCAAGGGGCGUGUCUCGCCCACGAAGAGAUUCAAUCUCGCCUCGUCGCGGGUCGAGCUCGAGAUACGGCAGCUCCACGCGCGACAGGCACCGACAAGACGACGAGGAGCAUCGACACAGAAGGUCCAGAUCUCACAGGCAAGAAAGCAGCAGAGGCAAUCGAAAGCACCGCCGCAAUGACGAUGAUUCAAGACAUCGCACAAGAGAUACAAACGACGAUUAUGGGUCGAAGCGUCGAAGGGACGAAGAGCGACAAAGCAGCACGCACCGAAGCCACCGCGCCGAAGGUGAACGACAUACUUCGUCACGAACAUCAAGCCACAAAGGCUCGGACGGUCAUCCAAGAUCACAUCGACAUGACGCCUCAUCUGAUCGCCGAGAUCGAGACUCCAGAACUACUCACCAACACGACCGCAGCGACCGAUCUCGACCUCGCUCGCCAUCACCCUCGGACUCGCCAGUGCCGCGCGCGACCAGCUCCGGCAAUCGUUCCUCGACACGUCAGCUCUCGCCGAUAGCACCUCAAAGCUUCGAGCCACCUGAAGAAGAAAGAGACGAAGAUGCUCCAAACUUCGCGCCAUCGGGCCUCCUCGCCGCUGAAUCAAACACCGUCAACGGCGUUGCGCUCAAAUACCACGAGCCGCCAGAAGCACGCAAGCCCAAAUCUGCCUGGCGUCUGUACUGCUUCAAAGACGGUAAGGAGCAGCAAGUGCUUCAUCUCGGCGCCCAGUCCGCCUAUCUCCUCGGUAGAGAUCGUACCGUCACCGACAUCCCGCUCGACCACGAAUCAUGCUCCAAGCAGCACGCCGUGCUGCAGUUCCGUCAAACAACCACAACCAACGAGUAUGGAGACAAGAAGAAGCGCAUUCACCCCUUCUUGAUCGAUCUCGAGUCGAGCAAUGGCUCGUACGUCAACGAUAACGAGAUUCCAACUUCUAGAUACUAUCAGCUCAGGACAGGCGACACGCUCACUUUCGGCGCUAGCACCAGGGAGUACGUCCUGCUCGACGAAUCCUCGGCGUAG